CCUAUUUGUUCUCUGGGAAGAGGGCAAACAGCUUGUGACGGCAGGAAUCCAAAUAGGGCCCCAGUGGUCAGGCAGGGAGAAAAGAGGACUGGACAGAACAGAGAGGCUGCUAAGAGAGCUGCUGAGUUGGCUUCCAGUUCUUGUCAAAACGACCCCUCUGACUCUAGAGGGAAACUCGAAUCAUGAAGCUAGUUACUAUACUGUUCCUCUGCUCCAGGCUGCUCCUAAGUUUAGCACAGGAAGAAAGCACCGAGGAAAUCGACUGCAAUGAUGAGGAUGUGUUUCAUGCCACUGGAGAAUGUACAGCAACAGUGGGAAAGAGGGGAGCUAAGAAAUUCUCCGUAGCUACCCAGACUUGCAAUAUUACUCCAGGUAAUGGACCUGUAUUGACAGCCCAGUACACCUGUUUGGGCUGUGUACACCCCAUACCGCCUGAUAGCCCUGAACUGGAGCCUGUCCUGAAACACGCAGUCGAGCAUUUCAACAACAACACCAAGCACUCCCACCUCUUUGCUCUUGAAGAAGUAAAAGCAGCCCAGAGACAGGUGGUGGCUGGAAUGAAUCUUCAAAUCACCUACUCAAUUGUGCAAACUAAUUGUUCAAAGGAGCAGUUUCUAUUCUUAUCUCCAGAGUGCAAAUCCCUUGCGGAUGGAGAUUUUGGGGAGUGUAGUGAUAACGCCUUUGUGGAUAUCAAACAAAACGUUGCUGACUUCUCCCAGGACUGCAACAUCUAUCCAGGAGAGGAUUUGACACAACCACUUCCUGAGGGCUGCUUUGGAUGCCCCAAGAGCAUACCUGUAGAUAGCCCAUUGUUGACAGAGCCUCUCAGUCAUGCCAUCAAAAAGCUUAAUACAGAGAAUAACCAUUCUUUCUAUUUCAAGAUCGACACAGUGAAAAAAGCGUCAUCCCAGGUGGUAGGUGGAAUGAAGUAUUUUAUUGAGUUCAUAGCCAGAGAAACCAAAUGUUCGAAGGAGAGUAACACAGAACUGAAAGAAGAUUGUGAGGUCAAGUCCUCUGGUCAAAGUCUCAGCUGCAGUGCUAAUGUGUACAUGAGACCUUGGGAGAACAAAGUGGAACCAACUGUCAAGUGCCAAGUAUUAGAAGUGAUGAUGAGGAGACCUCCAGGCUUUUCACCUUUCCGGUCAGUCCAAGUCCAAGAAGCAAAAGAAGGAACAACUAGGCUUGCAAAAACCUGCGAAUACAAGGGCAGACGCUCAGGGCCAGGGGCAGAGUCAGCACCUGGGAGUGAGGCAAAAUCUUCACUCUUGGCACAAUAGCCCCAGCAUGAACCCAAGUGGACAGAACAGAAGAAUCAUGGGAUACAUGUAACAUGGAAGAAUGUCCUUUCAUCACUCUGCCUCUGGGUGAAAUAAAAUUCAGACUUGAUGAGUUCA